UGACAAAAGAUAUAUAUAUAUAUUUUUUUAACUGAUAAAAUGAUCUAAAACAAGUAUUGGAAAAAAAAAAAAGAGUAAAAAAGGCACAGUCUCUCCCUGCUACAAUUAUUAUUCGCUCACAUAAGAUUUUUGACCCUUCUCUCAGUUUUGUCCCAAAAAAAAAGAACUUCUCAGUUUUGUUACCUUGGCCGUGAGAAGCGAAAUGCAGCAGCAAGGAAAAAGUAGUGGAUCUGAGAUGGAGGUCACCUGGGAGGACCAGCAGAACAUUAAUACCUUCAGCCGUUUCAACAACAGACUCCAUGAGCUCGAAGACGAAAUCAAAUUCUCCAAGGAAAAGUGUGAGAAUCUAGAGGACGCAGGGAACGAGUUGAUCCUAGCUGAUGAGGAGAUGGUGCGGUUUCAAAUCGGAGAAGUGUUUGCGCAUUUGCCGAGGGAUGAGGUGGAAACAAGGAUAGAAGAGAUGAAAGAGGCGACCUGCGAAGGCCUUGCAAAGCUCGAGCAAGAGAAGGCCUCGAUUGUCUCUCAAAUGGCAGCGCUGAAGAAGCUUUUGUAUGCCAAGUUCAAGGAUUCUAUCAAUCUUGAAGAAGAUUAAAAUUCUUACAUGAUCCAACUUUGUGUGUGUUUCUUUCGAGUGUCCACCAGGAGAUUCAGAAGAUAUUGGUUUCCUUCUCUGCUAUGGAAAUUUCAUCUGGUUAAAUCCAUAAAUCAUGACCGCAGGUUUUAUUGAAAUCCCAUAUACAGUAUCUGGUUUGGUUCAAUUUUGAUUAAAUUAUGGUUCCGCUCGGUUUCAGUUUUGGUUUUCCAGAUUCUUAACUGAUUAAACCAAAUGGUUUAUAAAUAAAUUUUGGUUCGGCUCGAUUUUUUUGGUUGCGGUUUAUUUGCCCACCUUUGUAGCCAGUCUCAGACGUGAAAAUGUUGAAUGUAAAACAAUCCAAUCUGACUUUUACAACACCAAAUUUUCCCAGAAUUGAUACAACACACGCAUAUACGAUACAAUGAUCUUUGGGAAUUUCCAAAAACAAGCCGAAUUUUCCUGAGCUUCAAGCCAAAACCAAAGAAAUGUGAUCACCGGUAACUCAAAUUGGGGUAUAACUUGACGGUGGCCGGUUUCCUUCAGCGGCGGAUACGAGCCCACCCUGGCGAGCAGUUUCUUCAUCAAGAAACAAAUCAUCGGUACUACGGAGAGCGGCGUGAGCUCCGACGGUGAGCGAACCAACGAUCAGCGAAACCAGAACGUUUUCGCCCACAUCUGUAUACACCAACGCCAAAAUCGUUACCAAGCUGAGUAAACCCAGGACGAUCCGGUCAUCCACUUGUCUCCCCGAAAUCACAAUCGGGUCGUUGGCGUCUCGCGAGAAAUAGAGGAGAAUCCAGCCGAUGAAGACGACGAUGAAGGCGACCAUAGAGGUCGGGUGGUAAACCAGGCCGAGGAAAACGAUGGCGAGCACGGCGAGAGCGUAGUUUGCGCGGAAAUAAGAGAGGUUCUGCCUUAGGUGCGCCAUGGCCUCGUCGUAUUUGUGAGGGAGAGAGAGCGCCGACAGAUCUAGAAGCUCCCGCCAUGGACGGAGCGUCGUGAUCAUCGAGUGCGUCGUCUGUAUGGCGCGAGCGCUCAACGUCCCGACGAUCGUGUUGGAUGAGGAAGGAGGUCCUCCACCACCGGUGCCAUAACCGUACGGCGGAGGUUUUUGAUUCAUUUGGUGUGGAGAGAUUCACAGAUCUGUUUCAGAUGACUAACCCU